AUGAGGAGGGUAAGCCGGCCCCUCUUUGCUGCUCUCUCUCUCUGUGUUGCAGCCCAUCAGUGCAGCGCUGCUUCUUCCAGCAGCACCCACUUUACGCAGCAGCUGAGUGCUGAAAAGACAUGGACACGUCCAAACUUUAACUUUCUGAUCGUCUUUCUCUUCUCCAGAUUGCUCUCCUCUCUUCUCCUCCCCCGCUUCUCCCUCUGAGCUCCGACUGAAAAGCUCUGUUGGCAGCUGCGGACGCAUGGAGAUCUAAUUUUGGUCCAAUUUUCGGUCAGUCGGUCAACUGUGUGGAGGCUGUUGUUGGCUGUUGUUGUUUUGCUGUUGGGUUUAUGGUCUACUCAUGCGUCGGGAAUGCCAUGGCCACUCCGAACGCACAGCAGCAGCACCAGGAUUAUUUCAGAUCGGUGAGCAGCGAGUCGUCCUACAUGAUGGUCCCGGCCGGCGGGCCGAGCGGGACGGGGCGCAAGGAAGCACCGUCCAAGAUGUGGGUGGCGAUGGUGGUGAUAGUGGUGGUGGUGCUGCAAAUUGCCUCCACCACGGGGCUCUUUGUCUACCUGAACAUGUCCAUAUCAGAGGUGCGUAGCCAGGGUGUCACAGAGGAGCUGAAGUGCCUGAGUCUACUGAACGCUCUGGAUAAGGACCAGGACAUCCCAGACCAACUGGCCCAGCUCUUUGGAGAGCCCUGCAUCAAACUGGCCGAAGGCAUCAAAGCAUACAUCUCUAAGGUGACAGAGAACAUCAUCUCCAAACAAACCUUCAUAGAAGCGAGAACCAUGCCUCGCUCUUUCAACAACUCGUCAAAGUUCAUGACCUCGGUGGCCCAGAGGCCAUCUGCCCACCUGACCCUCAGAGACACCAGCUCUCAAGGGUUCCCUCCCUACCCCAUCCCCACACCGGGUCUCCACCAGUCCUGUCGCCAUGUGGUCCGCUCAUGGGCCAAUCAGAGCUUUGGAGCUCACCUGCACAACAUGACCCUGUCCAAUGGGAAGCUGCGAGUGCCUCAGGAUGGGCGGUACUACCUGUACUCACAGGUGUAUUUUCGUUAUCCAUCCCCAGCAUCCAGUGAUGGAGACCAGCGCAGCGUCAGCCACCAGCUGGUGCAGUGUGUCUACAAGAAAACCUCCUACCCAAGCCCCAUACAGCUCCUGAAGGGGGUGGGAACUAAGUGCUGGGCUCCAGAUGCUGAGUACGCUCUUCACUCCGUCUACCAGGGAGGACUAUUCGAACUGAGGGCCGGCGACGAGCUCUUCGUCUCCGUCUCUUCCCCCACCAUGGUCAACGCCGACGACUCCUCCAGCUACUUUGGCGCCUUCCGUCUGGACCUCUGAGAGGAAGAGAUGGGAGAAAAAAAAGAACAAAACAGAUGAGACGAUGGAUAGAUGAACGGGUGGGCCUUUUGAAUAUCCGUUGAUUGGGGGAAAAAAAAGACAGAAGUGAGGGAUGUUGCCCUGGAUCUUGGAUCCACAAUGUUUGCUUGGACGGGUAAAUUGAAGGAUGGAAGGAUUGGGAUUUGAAGGCCUCGCUUGAGCGACGAACGCGGCAAGAGGAGGGGGUGACAGGGAAAAGAAAGAGUGGAUUUGUCUUCCUUACUCUCCAUUAAGAGAAACCUAACCAAGAUAUACAGAGAUACAUGUGCAAUCAGGCGAAAAUAAAUGUGAGGAUAUUGAUUUACUUUGGAUUUUUGAGGAGGGAAGUUGCCUAUUGGAUGUCAAAAAGAGAAGGAAGCCACAGAAAAACACUGAAGAUCUUCCUGUUAGAUGAGAAUCACCCAAAUAAAAAAAAAUCUUAAACCACCCUGCUGCCUUUACCCCAAAUUAACACAUGAAUCCCAGCGUAUCUCAGCAUGUCAACAACCUUUCUGUGGGAAGCGAUCGGACCCCUGGAUUUGGAUUGCAGACCAAAGAAUGUACACACAAUAAAAACUCGGUCCUCUGCAUCCAAGAUGUGAGGAAUGAUUGUUGAAGGGUAGCAGAAGAAAAUCAAAUGAUCAAACCAAAGCAAAAUUUGUGGAAUAUAACUUUUUUUUUCUUUUUUUUUUAAGCGUGCCAAGAGAGAACUGUACAUAUGUAUGACUGCGGAUGAGUUUUAGACAAUGAACUGUGGUGAUUUUAAAAGUAAUUCAUUUGUAAACUGACUGGACUUAAAACCACUUGGAGUUUGCUGAGGAUUUGUCUACAUGCAACCCUAGAGCUACGGAUUUUAUGCAAAGGACAGGAGAAAAACAACUGCCUCUUUGUACUGGAUACUGUACAGCAAUAAGACUGUGAGAGGCAACACGGUGCCUUUUGAACAACAGAGACUGCAAAGAAAGGAGAAAUGAAAACAGGGGGGAAGAAGAGGGAGAAAUCUUGUAAAUGCCAACAAGAAUGAUCUCAGCAGAGGAAGAUAAAAGGAAAGAGAGAGAAAGAGGCUGAGGGUGGUAUGCAGCUUAACCCGUCUCUGUUGUUGUAGUCUUCUUUCUCUCUCUCUCUUUCACUUGUUCUCUCUUUUUUUUUUUUUCUUGGAAAGAAUUUUAUCUAUCCUGUCUUUCUUGUCUAACCAGUGAAGCUGCAUUCACUUUGGAUCAGUUAAGCAACCAACAGGAAAACAACAGACAUAUGUGAACAAGAUGACAGAUACCCGAGCAAACAGGCAAAUCACACACACACACACACAUGCACACACACACACACACACACGCUCACAGAGCAUGGCUGAAAAGUGAAUGUUUGUUUUAGACGUGUAGCUUACAUGGAUCUGUUGUUUCAACAGUACUUUAAGCACUAUGCUUCACUUUGUCACUGAAACUUUGUUGAAACAGCGAGCCACCGAAAAUAACUUCACUUUUCAACCAAACCUAGAACAGCUGAAGCUGCAGCAGAUUUACUGCAGCCAAGUCCUCUUCUCUUUUUGAGUUUUGCACAGAAACUUGAAUUAACAUCACUGCAAAGUUUGAUACCACUUUCUUCAAGUCUGUCAGGAGACAGAUUAGAAUAAAGGCUACAAACAGGGGGAAACAGCUAGCCUGUAAAACUGUUGUGUGUGUUUUGUAGAGCUGUUUCUCUCUGUUUCCCAUCUUCAUGCAUAGCUUCAUAUUUUAAAAACAGUAAAGAGUAAAGAGGACAUUUGCAGAAAUAAACCAUGCACCGACGAGCACAGGCUCAACCCCUACACGUUUUUUUCCUCCGGCAGGCACACGUGUGCACAUGUAUGCACAUAAAGCAAAUGCACAUAACGUAUCGCACCACAUCCAGGCUAGUCUGUGCUCCACAGACACAUACAUCACCCAGCGUCACAUCCAGUGUGAAGACCCCACAAACUCCGACACACACUCAUUUAUCCCCACUGUUCAGCCUCCCUGUGCCAUCUGGUAGAUGUCAGUGAUCUGUUAGAGGCAUGCAGGGAGUGUGUUUGUGUAAAUGAAUGUGUGUGUGCACUUACAAUACAUGUUUGUUCAGAGGGCUUGGUUCACAUGGACAGCUCAGAAAUCGAGGUCAAACUCGCCGACAUGCACCUUUCUUUGUUUGUGUACGAAACCUUCCUUUGUUUUCCCUGAGAGAAAUGGAUUAAUACACUUAAACACACACUCUAAUAAGGUGACAUCCAGGCCAAGCCUGCUCCUCUGGCACAGUGGUUCACAUAUACCUGUGUAUAUACUCUACGCAAGGUCACGUUAUCCUAUAGGUUUGUUGGGGAAGUUAUGAAAACACAACAACACAUGCCGUUUAUUUUUCUGUGCAAAGAACUAAACUGAAGGCAAAUUUCAUUUUGUAUUUCAUUGCUGUUUUAGCUGUUUUUUGUUUUUUGUUUUUUUGGCUGGGUGACACCUGGUCCUGUUUCUGUUGGGCUUUCUUUCAGCCCGUCGCCGCUACGUCACAUCACACAUACCGAGCUCUCUGUGAUCUUGACACUAGAUCUGUGUAUUAUCCAGGAUAAACUUCAACAAUCAUACAGCCUUUUCUUUCUUGCACUCCAACCAAAACAAAUCAUUUGGUGAUUCAGGUCCAGCGAGGAUGAUAAUGCAGCAUACACACUAAUAUUACAGCAGCAUAAAUCCCUGGACCAGCUGGGAAAUCUUUUGCAAUGAAUGUGUAUGAGAAGUGUUUGUACUGGACAGUCUUGUAGCUGUGAACAUGUGUAGCACAUUGUUGGAAGAAAAUAAACAAAUAUCUGA